GCUCGAUAACAAUUCCAAACGUUUUGCGAGGACGAACACUUGCGUUGCUUUUAUUUAAAUAAUUUGAGAAGUUCGCUGUAAGAGCUGACAAAAUGUCUGGUUUGGAGUCCUACAUCAACCACACGGUCUCCAUUAUCACGGCAGAUGGACGCAACUUCAUAGGGACCCUGAAAGGCUUUGACCAGACCAUAAAUAUAAUCAUCGACGAAUGCCAUGAGCGCGUUUUCUCAACAACGUCAGGCAUUGAGCAAAUUGUGCUGGGUCUUCACAUAAUUCGUGGCGACAACAUCGCUGUUAUUGGACUGAUAGAUGACACCAUCGAUUCCCGGCUGGAUUUGGCAAACAUCAAAGGCGAGCCACUGGGACCAGUUGUGCAUUAAUUGUAAACGUAGAUAUAGUUCGAAUAAAUUGAUGAAAUUUUGAUAUUUA